CCAAGCUCUCCCAUCACAGGGGUUUCUGUCUCCGUUGCCCUCUGCUCCUUUCCUGCAGCUCAGCUUUUAUUCACCACCUUUUUUUUUUCCCUCCUGCUCUUUGCAUUUCCAGUUAAACGAGCCACCAUGAGUCGGAUCUCUUUCAGAUCAUCUACCGGAGGCGGCAUGAGGGGCUUUAGCUCGGGUUCUGCUAUCGUAGGAGGUAGCGGUGGUGCCAGAAGCAGUUUUAGCUCCGUCUCUGUCUCCAGAGUUGGAGGAGGAAGAGCCGGAGGUGGAGGAGGCUUCGGAGCUGGUGGUGGCUUCGGCAGCAGAAGUCUCUAUAACCUAGGCGGAAGCAAAAGAAUUUCCUACAGUUCAGUCGGUGGAGGUCUACGGAGCGGAGCCGGUGGUGGAUAUGGCUUUGGUGGAGCAGGAUUUGGUGUUGGCUAUGGUGGUGGAGCAGGCGCUGGUUUUGGCUUAGGAGGAGCAGGCGGUGGUGGCGGCUACGGGCUGGGCAGUGGAUUUGGGCUGGGAGGUCCUGGAUUUGGCGGUCGAGGUGGUCCCGGGUUCCCCGUUUGCCCGCCGGGCGGCAUCCAAGAAGUGACCGUCAACCAGAGCCUCCUCGCACCCCUCAAGCUGGAUAUCGACCCCGAAAUCCAGAAGGUGCGAACGCAGGAGCGGGAGCAGAUCAAGACCCUCAACAACAAAUUUGCUUCCUUCAUCGACAAGGUGCGAUUUUUGGAGCAGCAGAACAAAGUAUUAGAGACCAAAUGGACCCUCCUGCAAGAACAGGGUCACACAGUCACCAGAAAGUCCCUUGAUCCCCUUUUUGAAGCCUACAUCAACAACCUCAGACGGCAGGUAGACAAUCUCAUGGGAGAGAGGGGAAGGCUGGACUCAGAACUGAGGAACAUGCAGGACAUGGUGGAAGAUUUUAAGAACAAAUAUGAAGAUGAGAUCAACCGGCGCACCGGUGCAGAGAACGAGUUUGUGGUCCUCAAGAAGGAUGUGGAUGGUGCUUUUAUGAACAAGGUCGAGCUGCAGGGCAAAGCAGACUCGCUGGCAGAUGAAAUUAACUUCCUGAGAGCUCUCUACGAAGAGGAAUUGUCCCACGUGCAGCAGCAAGUAUCUGACACCUCUGUGGUCCUGUCCAUGGACAACAACCGAAACUUGGACCUCAACAGCAUCAUUGCAGAGGUCAAAGCGCAGUAUGAGGACAUUGCCAACAGGAGCCGGGCAGAGGCUGAGGCUUGGUACCAAAACAAGUAUGAGGAGCUCCAAGUCUCCGCUGGGCGGCAUGGUGACGAUCUGCGCAACACCAAGGUAGAAAUUUCAGAGAUCAACCGGAUGAUCCAGAGGCUGCGGAACGAGAUCGAGAGCGUGAAGAAACAGUGUGCCAACCUCCAAGCAGCCAUUGCCGAGGCAGAGGAACGCGGGGAGCUGGCCCUCAAGGACGCCAAGGCAAAACUGGCUGAGCUGGAAGAUGCCCUGCAGAAGGCCAAGGCAGACCUGGCCCGGCAGCUCCGCGAGUACCAGGAGCUCAUGAACGUCAAGCUGGCCCUGGACAUCGAGAUUGCGACCUACAGGAAGCUGCUGGAGGGAGAGGAGAGCAGGCUCGCAGGAGAAGGAGUUGGAGCUGUGAGCGUCUCCGUGGUGAGCACCUCGAGCGGAAUGGGCUACGGUGGCAGCAGCCUGGGCACGGGCGGAGGUCUCGGCAUGGGCGGAGGUCUCGGCGGAGGUCUGGGCGGAGGUCUCGGCAUGGGCGGAGGUGGCGGCGGCAGCGGCUACAGCAUGAGCAGCAGCAGCGGAUUCGGCAUGGGAAGCGGAAGCGGAGCGCUCGGUGGGGGCCUGAGCUAUGGCGGAGGCAGCAGCUUCAGCUCCGGAAGCGGACGAGGCAUCAGCUCAAGCACGGGAGGCAGCGUGAGGAUCGUUUCCAAGACCACUACCAGCAAAAAGACCAUCAGAUAAGGAUGGCGAGCCCGGAUUUCGAACGACAGCGUGUUUCCUGCCUUCUGAAAGCAAGUGCUGCCCUACAAAUCAAUGGUGUAAACAGCUGUGCUAGACCCUCUCCUUCUCGAAACCUUCGCCCUGGUCCCUAGGAGCACUGGGUGAGACAAGGACCCGUCGCAAGAAUCUGGAGCACCUUUGGCUAAAACAUAGGUUGUAACCUCUGUCAUUGACAGGGCUUUGGAGUGCGUGACGGUCCCCAGCGGUGGCCCUCUUUCAGCACAGUACUUGUUCUUCCAUUCCAACUUCACGUCCCCUUCGGAGUCACGUAUUCAACACGAAGCAGAAGCACUUUGCUGAAUGGGGACAGCCGAUUCCUUCAAAUUUUGGGGUAUUUCUGCUAACUGCUGCCUAGAUACAGCUCUGCAGAGAAGAUCAUAGCAGCAGCCUUGCGAAAUCACAGUUCCAGGUCCUCAGCAGUGAAAAUAGCUCCAAGGCACUCUAAAACCCUCUGUCUGCAACAUGUGUUACAACCUCCAAAUGUUUUGUUUGCAAGAUAUUUCUAGCCCCUUCUGUUUUUCUGAGAUACCUGUGGGAAAGGUUAUUGCUUUCUGCGUAUAUGAAUUGCCACACUGAUUUCUAACUCUUUGUCCUCACGGCUAUAACCUCUUGACUUCAGGCCUACCAUACUGUAUGUCCAAUAAAGAGCAUUUGUCAUUUUUAAA